AGCUGCUGCCAUGGACCGCGUCUGGCAAGGGCAUCACCUAAGUGCGUCGGAUGUUGCGAGCUUCAUUAGACGGGUUUUCGAUAAGACGACGCGCGCCCUGAAACUCACCUCCUGCCGAUCUACCACAGAUGCAGCAGGGCCACCUCCCAGGACGAGUGGUGCACACGCCGAGUCGUCUCGGCCGUCAGACGUGCACCGACGUUCUUCAGUGUCGGCACCCACACGACCCCUCCUAUCACGUCUUGGAGGGUCCGAGCAACAUGGUCCGUCUGCACAAGUCUCGACGCAGCCUCGCAGAUUGAGCCCUGUACGUCCACAGUCAGGUUACUUCGGUGACGAGGCCGGUCCGUCUUCGGCGGCCCCACACCCUACCCCCCCCCCCCCCGCAACGUACUACGGCACGUCAGCGUGGCCUUCUUCUGCUGCACCGUCGUACCACGCAGGCCCCUCCAGCCAGUACACAUGGACGCCUGUCGAGCCUUCACAGUCCUCCUACCCUAGUCAGGAGGAUGAGGCUGGCCUCGACACCGCAUACGACAUCGUCCGUGACUUCUUCGAGGGCACACCUGACUACGACGUCCUUCAGCGGUCCCAGGUUUCCAGUGCACCGCUUCGGACCCAGCCCACGCAUGACGAGCCCUCGACACCGGUGGUCCCUACUAGGCCUAAUGAUGGCUCCGACCUCUCCGAGUGGACCGUGGUCAAAAGUUGCCUCAACGACUGCGGUCAAAACUUUACUGCACGACGCACAGGUAUCCUGCUCCUGCCACCGCUAUAUGAUGCAUUGCUGCGUAUUGGUAACCGGGGCUACGUGGUAACUGUAUCACUGCCAAAGGUAAACGGUGCGCCUAUUCAUCGCUGCGAAGACAUCUACAGUGAAUAG